CACGCAGUCGCGUCUCUCCAUCUCUCGAGCUCUUAAUACCCUUCUCUCUCCACUCUCCUCUCUUCUUUCACCUCUGCUCAUCAUGUCUUUCGGCGCCACCCGCCCCCUCGCGCGCGCGUUCGCGCCUCGCGUUGGGCGACUCCCUGCCCUCAGUCGGCCGCUGUGUCGCAAUAUCACCACCACCCCGCCCGCGCCCAUCAACCCUUCCUCGGCAGCGCAUGACGGGGGCAACGUCGAGGCGCCGCAUAACGGCAUCAACGUCGACACGCCUGUGCGGAUGGACACUGCCCCGACGCCCGCGCCCGGCGAUGACUUUCCGAUCGUAAUGGUUGGCGCUGGAAACAUUAUGUUUGGCUCGCAAGCCGGGCCGUGGAAUCACUCGUUCCGCAUCGAGCACAAGCUCGGUCCCCGCCUCAAAGUCAAGGCACUGAUCGAUCCGGAUGCGGCGCGCGCUAGAGGCGUCCUUGCCAAGAAGUGCGCGAGCUUCGUGGAGACAGCCUACAAGGACACGCAGGUAUACCCCAACAUUGGCGAGUAUGCGAAGGCGCUCGCGACGAGCGGGGAAUCUGGACCUCGGGCUAUCAUUGUCGGCACACCGCCAGCGUUCCGAGGCGGCGUGGCUGAGGGCCGCCAUCUCGAACUCGACCUGAUCAAGUACUUUCCCACUGUCGGAUACUUCAUUGAGAAGCCCGUAUCGACGGCGCCGAUCGACGAGGUUAAGCAAGUCGCGGCUGAGCUGGUCAAGAACAAGAAUGUUGUGUCGGUGGGGUAUAUGCUGCGGUACCUGCGCUGCGUGCAGAAGAUGAAGCAGAUCAUUCACGACAACAACCUCACCGUCAUGGCGACCAACGCGCGAUACUCUGCGGCAUACCAAUCGAUCGACAAGCCCGCCUGGUGGGACAAAUCCAAGGAUAUGGGCCCGGUAAUUGAACAGGGAACGCACUUCUGCGACCUGUCGCGCUACUUUGGCGGUGAUGUGGAUAUCUCGUCCGUCGUCGCUCACAGCGUCGAGUACGACGAGGCGCCAGGCAAACUCUCCGCCAUUCCCAUCAACGAGAGCGAGAUCCCCGAAGACCAGCGCAUCCCUCGCAUCACGGCCGCUGUGUGGAAGUAUGCGAACGGCGCUGUCGGCAGCUUUACGCACACAGUCGCGCUCCAGGGUACGCUGUACGACUGCGAGCUCGAGGUAUGGGCGGACGGUUACCACAUGCGCCUGAUUGAUCCCUACAAUGCGCCGCAACUCCUCGUCCGCCGGCCUGGCGAUGACCACAACGAGCGCCAUCAGUUCACCGACGACGACCCCUUUUUCUCGGAGAUGAGCGCGUUCAUCGACAGCGUCGAGGGCAAGCCGGACAGCCAUAUUCUCAGUUCAUUUGAGGACGCGACCAAGACGUACGAGCUUACAUGGGCGAUUCGCCUCGCGUCCGAGAAGAGCGCAGCGGCGCGCAGGGCGACCUCCAAGUCCUAGCUCCACUUCCCAGAUAGACACUAACACAGAACAUUGGAAACUGUGGCGAUGUAUCAUAGUGCGUGUAAAGGUCAGUCAUCGGCGAGAGACGGGGCGAGCAUGCGAGCAUAAUGCCUACAACAACUGUUUGAAACAAUCCUAUUCUCUCUUCCCAUCUGCUCCUUUGCCAUGUGUUGCACUCUCCUCCGACCCGGCAGAUCCCUUACCCGCCCCUUCCUUCUCCAACUCUGGCGUGGUCUCCGGCGUCGAUCCCCCGCUCCCAGAGCUCGUGCUGCCCCCGCCCUCACGCAG